AUGUCGUUUGCUUUCAUGUUUCAGGGCUUCCAAAGCGUGCUUGGGAAGCCCACUUGCACAGACCAUACAUUCCGCUCCGUAGAGCUCGCCAAUGCCAAGAUUCUGUCUAUCAGCACCAAUCUCACCAACGCGGAGCUGCCGUCGUUCCCCACCAACGAAUGGCCCAACAACUCAACUGAUCCAUUUCCCGUGUGUCAAGUCACGGUCCAGUACACGCACCCGGGCUGGAAUGACACCAUCAACACAUACGUAACACUGCCAGUGUCAGGCUGGAACGGGCGAUUUGUUGGUGUAGGCGGCGGCGGUUGGUCAACAGGGGACAUUCCCGACCUUGCACAACCUGCCUCCAACGGAUAUGCCGCUGCCACUACAGAUGGUGGCCACCUCUUAGCUAAUAGACAGGAGUUGGACUGGGCGUUGGAUAGCACUGGAAACCUCAACUGGCCUGCCUUGCAGAACUUUGCAGCUGUCUCUCUGGACGAUGCAGCGACGUUGGGAAAAGCUGUGACAGCGGCAUAUUAUGGAAAGAAGCCAAAGUACUCAUACUGGAACGGAUGUUCUACAGGUGGACGACAGGGCCAUAUGAUGGCGCAGAGAUACCCGACUCAGUAUAAUGGCGUUCUUGCUACCGCUUCUGCUUUCAACUGGGAUAAGUUCGUAACAUCGGAGUACUGGCCGCAAGUUGUUAUGCACAAACUCGGCUAUUACCCUCCUAUCUGCGAGCUCAAGGCUAUUACCAAGGCUGCCAUCGAUGCAUGUGACCAACUUGAUGGAGUCAAAGAUGGCGUCAUCUCGAACCCAGAUCUCUGCAAGUUUGAUCCCAAGUCUGUCGUUGGUAAAUCUGUAGAAUGUACCAACCCAUCCGGCACAAUCAAGAUUUCCAAGAAGGGUGCUGAGGUCGCUCGCUUGACAUGGCGUGGACCAGAGACAGAAGACGGCAAGUUUCUCUGGUAUGGUCUUGAUCGUGGUGCGGACUUGAGUGGUCUUGCCAACACAACAUGCACAUCGCUGAAGGACUGCACUUCAAACCCCUUCGCCAUUGCUCAAGACUGGCUCACCACUUUCCUCCUUCAAGACCAGUCGGCUAGUCUGGAUAAACUGUCCCACGAAGAGUACAGCAAGCUGUUCCGGCAAUCCGUCAACAGGUUUGCCUCAGUCAUGGGCACAUCAGACCCGGAUCUGACGGACUUCAAGAAAGCAGGAGGAAAGUUGAUCUCGUGGCACGGAACAGCAGAUCAACUCAUCCCCCACAAAGGAUCAGUAGAUUACUAUAAGCGCGUUCUUGAAAAAGACUCCAGCGCAACGGAUUACUACAGAUUCUUUGAAGCACCGGGUGUCGGGCACUGUAAAGGUGGCGAUGGAUGGUAUCCUGGAAGUGCCUUUGACGCUCUUGUCAAGUGGGUUGAGCAUGGUAAAGCGCCCGAGACUCUGUAUGCGGAGACUGUUGGCACGGAAAAGCGACGAGCUAUUGAGCUGUGUGCUUAUCCGAAGCGGCUGACCUACAAGGGCGGCAACCCAGACGUCGCAUCCUCUUUUACUUGCAAGUAA